AUGCUAGAAAUGCACGAGCAAUGGAUGACACGCCAUGGACGUGUUUACAAGGAUACCGAAGAGAAGAAUGCACGGUUUCAGGUAUUCAAGGACAAUCUCCAACAUAUAAAUGCCUUUAAUGAAGGUGUAGACCAAGCAUACAAGCUUGGUGUGAAUCAAUUUGCAGACCUGACCAAUGAGGAGUUUCGUGCUUCUCAUACUGGUUACAAAAGGCAGCCAACCAAGGAGACAUUUGUCUCAAAACCAACAUCUUUUAGGUAUGCAAAUCUAACUGAUAUGCCAAUAGCCGUCGAUUGUGGUAUAUAUCGAUUAUGGGUAUCAGAAGUAUCAACUGGAUGUAGUUGGGCAUUUUCAGCAAUGGCAGCUGUGGAAGGUCUUAACCAAAUUACAACCAGUAACCUAUUAUCACUGUCUGAGCAAGAGCUCGUUGAUUGUAAUGUUGAUAACCAUGGUUGUAAUGGCGGCACGAUGGAUAUUGCCUUUCAAUUCAUCCGAAACAAUGGUCUCACAUCAGAAUAUAAUUACCCUUACAUUGCACAAGAUAACACUUGUGACAACACCAAAGCAGCAACCUCUGUAGUCAAGAUAGAUGGGUACGAAGUUGUGCCAUCUAGUAAUGAGCAGGCUCUUCUGCAAGCUGUGGCCCACCAACCGGUUUCUGUUGCCAUUGAAAGUACUGGACAGAACUUCCGACAUUACUCAAGUGGCGUCUUCACUGGGCCGUGUGGAACCAAUCUUGACACUGCUGUCACUAUAAUUGGAUAUGGAACUACUACUGAUGGGAUUAACUAUUGGUUGGUUAAGAAUUCAUGGGGCUCUGGUUGGGGUGAGUAUGGAUAUAUGAAGAUCGAUAGAGAUGUUGUUGCAGAAGGUCGAUGUGGCAUUGCCCUGGAAGCUUCUUAUCCAGUUAUCACUACAACAAGAUUGAAUUUUUAUAGCUUGCAAUGCAUGCUGUAAAAGCUCUUUCACGGCAUGCACACAAAUGUCGUUAUAUGACAUGCUGUGAAAAGUUGAUUGUCAUUUAUGGCAUGCAGGUAAAGUUGUAAAAAGUAAUAAA